AUGGCGUGGGAUCACUUGGACAUCGAUAGGCCGCAUCUGGCAUACAUGAUCCUGGGCGGUUUCACAGGCCUGUUCAUGCUGUGUUCCCUGUUCGUCAAGGAAAAGCUAUACAUUGGCGAAGCUACAGUCGCCACGCUCUGUGGUAUUAUCUUCGGUCCCCAUGCGGCCAAUUUGUUUAACCCGCAUGAGUGGGGAAACAUCGACAAGAUCACACUGGAGUGUUCGCGAAUCGUUCUGGUUGUGCAAUGUUUUGCCGUCGGUGUCGAAUUGCCCAAGGCGUACAUGGAGCGCCAUUGGAAGUCUGUAUCCCUGCUGCUGAUUCCUGUGAUGACCUGGGGCUGGCUGAUUACGAGUCUGUUCAUCUGGUGGAUGGUUCCUCCGCUGAACUGGCUGGAAAGUCUGAUCUGUGCCUCCUGCGUUACGGCCACUGACCCUGUCCUGGCUUCGUCCGUCGUUGGUAAGGGUAAGUUUGCCAAGCGUGUCCCCAAGCAUUUGCGUGACUUGCUGUCUGCUGAGUCUGGGUGUAACGAUGGCAUGGCUUUCCCAUUCAUCUACCUCUCCUUCUACAUCUAUCACUACCGGCCCGCUGUUGGCGAGGUGUGGUUGAAUUGGUUCUGUAUCACCGUUCUCUACGAGUGUGUGCUGGGAGCUAUCUUUGGCUUUGCCAUCGGUUACAUCGCCCGACACGCUAUCAAAUUGGCUGAGCGUAGGGGGCUGAUUGAUCGUGAGAGUUUCCUGGUGUUCUACUUUGUGCUGGCUGUUUUCUGUGCUGGUUCUGGAAGUUUGCUAGGCAUGGACGACCUGCUGAUCGGAUUCUCCUGUGGUGUCGGAUUCAGUAACGAUGGUUGGUUCACAGAGAAGACCGAAGAGUCCCACGUUUCUAACGUUAUUGAUCUUCUGCUCAACUUGGCUUACUUUGUCUACUUUGGAUCCAUCAUCCCUUGGGAGGAUUUCAACUCCCCCGCUCUCGGCCUUACUCCCUGGAGACUAGUGGUGAUUGCAUUAUUGGUUAUUUUCUUCCGCCGCAUCCCGAUCAUGUUGAUGCUCAAACCCAUUAUACCGGACGUCAAGACCUGGCGAGAAGCACUGUUUGCUGGUCACUUUGGUCCCAUCGGUGUCGGUGCAAUUUUUGCCGCCAUUCUUGCCAGAGCCGAGUUAGAGAACGACAAUACACAACCGGACCCUGAAAAUGAACUCCCGGUGCCAGGAGCCAGCAAUUAUUAUAUUGUGAGACUGAUCUGGCCCAUCACAACUUUCAUGGUUAUUUCGUCUAUCCUGGUGCACGGCUCCUCAAUUGCUGUUUUCACACUGGGUAAGCGCAUCAACACCUUGACCAUCACCCUCUCCUACACCCAGGCCAAUGAGGAUGGACCUUCAUGGAUGAACCGUCUGCCCCGUGUGCAGUCCAUUGCCAAGGGUUCCAUGUCCUUCCGCAAGGCGGAAGAUACCGAUGCAUCCUCCGAUGAAAAGCUACCCGAAUAUCCCCCUGGCACCCUUCCACCCAUCGGAAUGCCUGGCAACUUCCUUCGCCGGCAGCGUGACGAGGACGAAAGUGAGGCUCAAAGUCUUGAAUCGUCUCGUCGCAAGCCUCUGCGGAGACGUCGCCGCAAGCGUGAUUCCGGUGCCGGCGGACCCAUCAGCCAGUCUGCUAUCAUGCCCGCUCCUCGUAAGGAGUCUGAGAUUGAAACAGAGGAAGAAAAGAAAGAACUGGAAGAGCGUGAUCAGGUUGAGCGUGGAGCUUCUCCACCGCACGCCGAACGCGAUCGCUUCGGUCGUGAGCCACAACUAGAGGUUUAUCAAGAGGGUCAUAACAUGAUCAUCGAGGAUGAAGAAGGCAAUGUUCUCAAGACUGAAAACACGUCCCAUCUUUCACCGGAAGAAAAGAUCGCUCACAUUGAAGAACAACGCAAGCGCCUGGAGAAUGAUAAGACGGGCGAGCUGGCUCAAUCCGAAAGCCAACCACACCAGAAGAACGAGGGAGAGGAGCUCAAGCAUGCCGUGGAGGAGAAGGCCGGUACUUCUUACGGCAAGGCAAUCAAGAAGUGGACCAACUGGACCGGACUCGGAAAAGAGAAGGCUGCUGAACAGCCCGACAAAAAGGCAGAGAAGCCCGAGAAAACCGAAAAGCCACCCAAGGCCGACUCAGCCAAGCCUAAGCCCCGCUCAGCCCAUGCUUAUCAAUUCGGUAACACUAUUAUCGUUGAGGAUGAGGAUGGUGAGGUGAUCAAGAAGUACACUCUCCCCGGUGGCAAGAAGUCCGAGAAGCCAGAGAAGCCCCAGGGCCAGCCCACUGCUCCAGGUGAUGCACCAGUCCGUCGCGGUCUUACUCGCAUGGGAACCUGGUUCGGCAUGGAAGAAGAAGGUGAAACCUCCCAGGCUGCCCAAGAAAAGAAGAAGAAGAAGGAUAGCCAGAUGGCCGACGAUGGCCUGCGGUUCACAUUGGCCCAGGAUCCUGAAAUCACCUCUCACGGCAUUGGACACAAGGGCAGACGUAUGAACAAACAAGAGUUCUUCGACCAAAUCAAGGGUCUGGAUGCCAAGACCCGCCGGGAUAUUGUCCAGCAGACCGACGCCCCCGCGCCAGUCCAGGAAGUCGCUCAAACUGAAGCCAAGCAAGAAGAGAAGGUCGAGGAGAAGCAAGAGCGACGUCUCUCUGCCGCUGCUAUCGGAGCUACCACUGGUACUAUCCCUGAAGAAGACGCCGAGGCUCUAGAGUCCGAAUCUGUCACCGACAGCGAAGCUAGUGCCGACGAGGCUGGCCACCACGGCUCUCCUAACGUUGCCGCUUCCCUCGCUAAGUUCUCCCGCGGCGGCACUUCUGCGGCCCAAGAGCGUCGUAACAACCUCAGCCCCGCACCUCCUCGCACCCGCGACCGCGCUCGUCGGGACUCCGACGACGAUGGCACAGAGCGUAUCCCCCCAUCCCGUCUUCGCAAGGCCGCCGGUCUGACUGCGCCCCCGCGCCAGAUUGACGAUGACACAGGCGAGACACCCGCUGAGCGUCGCCGUCGUCUUGCCGCCUUGGGCGUUGACGGCGAUGACUCUGAUAAUGAUGGAUCCGACACAGAAGAUGAAGAUGUCAUCGCUGAAGACUCGGAAAGCGAGGACGUGGAUUCCAAGGCCGGCAAGAUCCAGCCUGGAGAAGCCACUGCUUCUGACGAGUCCUCGCCUUCUGGAUCUGGAGCCGGAUCCAACUCACAGUCCGCUUCGCGUCACAUCCCCCGUGUUUCCUGGGGAGGCGAGAAAGGACGUGAACUCUGA